GUUUCUCGUACACCUCGUGUUGCCAACGUCACUCGCCGGCGUAUUGCGUAUGGCGGAUCGCGGGAUCCCAAGGCUUCUACCAUAAACAUAUCUCGACAAAACAACAUUCACCCAGCGACGUUCAAGACACAACACGACUCAACGCACCGUUUCGCAUACCCUCAAUUAAGAGCUCGAUUCCCUCCUCGUCCUACUCAGCGCAACUACAAUCAUGAAUAUAAUAGAAUGGGCCUUUGGCAAGCGCAUGACGCCGGCCGAACGGCUUCGCAAGCACCAACGGGCUCUCGAAAAGACGCAACGUGAACUCGACCGAGAGAGGGUCAAGUUGGAGAACCAGGAAAAGAAGCUCGUCGCGGAUAUCAAGAAGAGCGCAAAGAACGGGCAGAUUGGCGCCUGCAAGAUCCAAGCAAAAGACCUGGUCCGGACGAGGCGGUACAUUCAGAAAUUCUAUCAGAUGCGGACACAGCUACAGGCCAUCUCUCUGAGGAUACAGACGGUGCGAAGUAACGAGCAAAUGAUGCAGUCCAUGAAGGGCGCCACCAUGCUACUCGGUAGUAUGAACAGACAGAUGAACCUUCCUGCGUUGCAGCGGAUAGCCAUGGAAUUCGAACGAGAGAACGACAUCAUGGACCAGAGACAGGAGAUGAUGGACGACGCCAUCGACGAUGUGACGGGCCUCGAGGACGAAGAGGAAGGCGAAGAGGUCGUCAAUCAGGUUCUUGACGAGAUCGGUGUAGACCUGAACAAUGCCCUUGGUGAAACCCCCACGGGCAUACAGAAGCAAGCCGUCCCGGAAGGACGAGUGGCACAAGCCAUAGGCGGCGGAGGGGAAGAUGAUGACCUUCAGGUUCGCCUUAACAACCUCAGACCCUAAACCAAACAUUAGCUGGGCUGACCCCGACGUCGAUGAGCAUGGUGUUCCGGAGUUGAGGUAGAUGAAGGCGGUCCUAGUUUAUACGCAUCACGAUAUUUUCCUGAAUCUUCCAAAGUACUCGCUGCUACAAGGACUAUGUUUUUCAAGGCUCGUGUUCAUUGUGUGUGUUGGGUUAUCAUCAUUUCAUUGGAUUUCCUACGAACUAUAUAAGAAGCUGCGAGCCCGCGCUCAAAUGCAAAGCCUCCUUCUUCAAUUCCUCCUAGGAGGAAGAAAAACACCUCUGCUACCAAAAAGAACCUAGAAAAUGCUGAUACAAGUU